AUGCACAUAAGGCACAUGUGCCCGGGUGGAGCAUGCGUCUUUCUCUUUGACGUACAGGCCUACUUGGCUGGUGUGGCCACAGGCCGCCGCCUGGCUCACUGUUACCGGUAUUGUAAGAAUAAGGUGUACCCGAAGUCUCGCUUCUUCCGGGGUGUCCCUGAUGCCAAGAUCUGCAUCUUUGACCUGGCCCUGGAGGCCGCCCAAAUUUGUGCCAACAAGUAGUACAUGGUGAAAAGUUGUGGCAAAGAUGGCUUUCACAUCGGAGUGAGGCUCCAUCCCUUCCAUGUCAUGCACACCAACAAGAUGUGGUCCUGUGCUGGGGCUGACAGGCUCCAGACAGGCAUGCGAGGUGCCUUUGGAAAGCCCGGGAUGGUUGCCUGAGUCCACCUUGGCCAAGUAAUCGUGUCCAUGUGCACCAAGCUUCACAACAAGGAACAUGUGAUUGAAGCUUUACACAGGGCCAAGUUCACAUUCCCUGGCCGCCAGAAGAAACAUAUCUCCGAGAAUUGGGGCUUUACCGAGUUUAAUGCUGAUGAAUUUGAAAACAAAAUGGCUAAGAAGAGCCUCAUCCCGGAUAGUUGUGGAAUCAAGUAUGUCCCCAAUCGUGGCCCUUUGGACAACUGGCGAGUUCUGCUCUCCUUAGAUCUUUGA